AUGAACAGGCAUAACUGUUGGAUUUGUAAGAAAUGCAGAGAUGAAUCUAAGAGGCUCCCUUCAAACCUUACUCUGGAAGAAGUGUUAGAAUGGGCCCAAUCUUUGGAAAAGUUGAUGGCUACAAAAUAUGGCCCAGGAGUUUAUGCAACAUACUUAAAAAUGGAGCGCAGUGAUGAGAAUAUUAAAUUCUGGAUGGCAUGUGAAACCUACAAGAAAAUUGCUUCACGAUGGGGUAGAAUUUCCAAAGCAAAGAAACUUUACAAGCUGUAUAUCCAGCCGCAGUCCCCCAGAGAGAUUAACAUUGACAGCUCAACUAGAGAAACUAUCAUCAGGAACAUUCAAGAACCCACUCAGACAUGCUUUGAAGAAGCUCAAAAAAUCGUAUAUAUGCAUAUGGAGAUGGAUUCCUACCCCAGAUUUAUCAAGUCAGAUAUGUACCAGAAACUUCUGAAAGCUAUUCAGUCCAAAAACUCUUAA